CGCUCUGGUUGGUUCGUCAGAUUCAUCCGUCCCCUUUGUUUACCUUGUAAAAGUAAAAUAAAGCAGAAAAAGAAAAAGCUCAGUUUUUGUCGUUCAUCAAUCUACAUUAUACAUAUCUCAGUCUAUUUUUUUGCCGGAAAUUUGCUCUCUGAUCAGUUUGCACUCAGUCUUCUGAGGUGUUAAUUCAACCGUAAUAAAGCAAAAUAAAAAAUAAAAAAUGUCGGCUUCUCUUGCCACAUUUGAACGCUCUCGUAUUGGAAAUUCAAACACUAUUUUCAAGAGCGGGCAUCUUCUCAUAUCUUCCAAAGGAUUAGGUUGGAAUACUUGGAAGAAGCGAUGGUUUAUCCUUACACGUACUUCUUUGGUUUUCUUCAAGAAUGAUCCGAAUUUACUUCAGCAGCGAGGGGGUGAAGUAAAUCUGACUCUUGGGGGCAUUGAUUUAAAUAAUUCAGGGAGUGUUGUUGUUCGAGAAGAUAAGAAGCUUAUCAAUGUUUUGUUUCCUGAUGGACGUGAUGGGCGAGCAUUUACUCUUAAGGCAGAGACAUCCGAGGAUUUGUAUGAGUGGAAGACAGCCCUUGAAUAUGCUCUUGCACAAGCACCAAGUGCUGCUCUUGUGAUGGGACAUAAUGGGAUAUUUAGGAGUGACACUAAUGAAACAAUUGAAGGGUCUUUUCCUCAAUGGAGAGAUAAACGUGUGGCUAAGUCAUUGGUAGUUGGACGGCCAAUUUUGCUCGCAUUAGAAGAUAUAGAUGGAGGCCCAUCCUUUCUUGAAAAAGCACUUCGAUUUCUCGAGAAGUAUGGAGUUAAAGUAGAAGGAAUUCUGCGGCAGUCUGCAGACAUUGAGGAAGUAGAUCGAAGAGUUCAAGAAUAUGAUCAAGGCAAUACUGAAUUUGAUCCGGAUGAGGAUGCUCAUGUUAUUGGUGACUGUGUUAAGCUUGUUCUUCGGGAGCUGCCUUCUUCUCCAGUUCCUGCAUCCUGCUGCACUGCUUUGUUGGAAUCUUACAAAAUUGAUUGGAAAGAAGCACGGGUGAAUGCAAUGCGCUCUGUGAUACUGGAGACAUUUCCUGAACCCAAUAGGCGUCUGUUACAGAGAAUUCUUAAGAUGAUGCAUAUUAUUUCCUCCCACGUUUCUGAGAAUCGGAUGACUCCAUCUGCUGUUGCUGCUUGUAUGGCUCCAUUGCUCUUGCGGCCUCUUGUAGCUGGUGAAUGUGAAUUGGAGGAUGAUUUUGAUACCAACGGUGAUAAUUCUGCACAACUUCUUGCUGCUGCGAAUGCUGCUAAUAAUGCCCAAGCAAUUAUUACAACACUUUUGGAGGAGUAUGACAAUGUAUUUGAUAUUGAUAGUCUGCAUAGAUGCUCUAUAUCUGUGGAUUCUCAAACUGAAAACAGCGAGAGUGAAAAUACAACUGAUGAUGAAAAUCUAGAUAUAAAAGAUGAUGGUUAUCAUGAUGCUGAAAUUGAAGUCGACCCUGAAACAGAUGAUGAUCAUGAUCGUGGACUCGGUGGAAAGUUAAGUGAAAGUAGUGGAUCUGUAGCUGGCGAUCUGUAUGACCAUAAGGUCAAUGGAAAUGAUGAUUCAGAUGUUGGACCUCGCACAGAAAAUCAGACUUUGAGAACAAAAUCAAAUCUAACAGUAGACCCAAAACCUCUUGGAAAUUCUAACAUCUCAAUUAAUGAGCAACUAGACCAACAUAAGGAGGCUUGUGAAAACUUGACAGAUUUUUCUACAGAUUUACCUGGUAAUGAGUCUCAGCGAUCCGUAGGAGAAAUUUUGUCAUCUAUGGAUCAAGAACUACAUCUAUCUGUUCCUGGACCUGAGACAUUGGUUGAGAAGUCAGCAACCAAACAUACAAAUUCCAAUCUCAAUGUCAAGAGCUCGACAUUUUGGGGAAGAAAAAAUACCCAAAAAUCACCUUCAACAGAAUCUAUUGAUUCUUCUGGGGAGGAAGAAAUUGCCAUCCAGAGAUUGGAGCUUGCGAAGAAUGAUUUACGUCACAGGAUUGCGAAAGAGGCAAGAGGAAAUGCAAUUUUGCAAGCUAGCUGGCAGAGAAGGAAGCAAGCUUUGCAUGAACGUCGUUUGGCACUCAAACAGGAUGUUGCAAGACUGCAAGAACAGUUGCAAGCUGAGAGAGAUUUACGGGCCGCACUGGAAGUUGGCUUAAGCAUGUCUUCUGGACAGUUUUCUGGCUCUCGUGGAAUGGAUUCUAAGACAAGGGCUGAGCUUAAGGAGAUAGCUCUUGCUGAAGCAGAUGUGACUAGAUUGAAACAGAAAGUUGCCGAACUUCACAGUCAACUAAAUCAGCAAUGUCAGCAUCAAUUUGGCUCUCUCUCUGAUGAACAUGAUCAUUAUCAGCAUGCUGCCAAUCAUAGUUCUCCAAGGAAAUAUUUUCAGCAAGAUUUUGACACAACCCUUGCUUUUGUUAACCAUGAAAGAAAACAAAGAACAGAGUGGCUUCAGGAGUUACUAGGGCCAAAUUUGAGGAAUAUUAAGGUGCAGGAAUUAACAUCUGGCAGGAAGCCAACAAGUUUGAGUGAUUCUAAAAGUAAUGAUGCGUCCACAAGUUUAUCUAUGGGCGACCUUUGUGCUGUCAAUUCUGCAUCCAUACCUUCUACUUCGAGGGCAGCAGAGGUGAUGGAUUAUCCGAGACAUCCCUCAGCAGCAUCCUCGACCUUGGUAGAAUUGACGACACGUCUCGAUUUCUUCAAGGAAAAGAGAUCCCAGCUAAUGGAGCAACUCCAUAGCCUGGAUCAAAACUAUACAGCAAAAACUCAAGAUUUUCUGUAUAAACCCUCAUCUCCUCCCUGGAACUGAUCACAGCUCAUGUAAGUGUGUCAAGAACAGCAGAUAACUAACAUCUUAUCAUCUGUAUAUUCUUUGUGCAGCAGUAUUUAUACACCCGUAUUUCGUGUUUUAUCUAUUUACUUGGUAUUUUCUCCACUUUUAUUCGUGCUGUUUUUGGAGAAUACCUGAGAAUGUAAAUUAGUUAUCUACGGCAUGGAAUCCAUAGUAAAACAAUCUUUUGUUUGUAUGCACGGUUGUAAACCCACGAUUUUGUUUGUUAAAACAUAAUGUUUGUAGUUUUUGCAUUCUGUUAA